AUGCCGGCGGAGGCGGGACGGAAGGCGGACUGGCCGUGCUCCUACGGGAUGCAGCUCAGUUGGGAUAUCAACGACCCGCAGAUGCCUCAGGCGCCCGCGCACUUCGACCGCUUCUGCGAGUGGGCGGACGGCUACGUGCGCUUCAUCUACCGCAGCGACGAGAAGAAGGCGCAGCGCCACCUGAGCGGCUGGGCCAUGCGCAACACCAACAACCACAACGGCCACAUCCUCAAGAAGUCGUGCCUGGGCGUGGUGGUGUGCGCGCGGGCCUGCGCCCUCCCCGACGGCUCCCGCCUGCAGCUGCGGCCGGCCAUCUGCGACAAGGCCAGGCUGAAGCAGCAGAAGAAAGCGUGCCCCAACUGUCAUUCUGCUUUGGAAUUGAUCCCCUGUCGAGGACACAGCGGGUACCCUGUAACCAACUUCUGGCGGCUUGAUGGCAACGCCAUAUUUUUUCAGGCCAAGGGAGUUCAUGAUCACCCACGACCAGAGAGUAAAUCAGACACGGAGGCUAGAAGAAGCGCCAUCAAGAGACAAAUGGCUUCUUUUUACCAACCCCAGAAAAAGAAAGUUCGAGAACCAGAGGCAGGAGUGAAUCAAAGUAACAGCAGACAUUUCAACGACAUACCUUCCCUGGAAAAUCCAGAGGAGCUGGAUCUGAUUCCUGACACAGGCUUCCCUGUUCCAGGGCAGACUUGCUGUUCCUUUCCAGACUCGGAGGCUUACAAAGCUACCUGUGACCUAGCUGCCUUUCAGGGAGACCGAGUACCAUCCUUUCAGAAAUACCCAAACCCAAGAGUCUGCUGGCCUCGGCCACCCUGCGGUUAUGAAUCGGCAGGUCCUGGUUAUGCAAAUUCGAGCCCCUGCCCCACCCUUUAUAAAGAUUCCAGCCACGUGCCUAAGGACACAGACUGGCUUCCUCUGAAUGCACCACAAUACAACCUGAAUGCCUACAGCAGCUUCGAGAGAAGCUUUGAUUUCGCCAGUCAACAGCAUGGCUGGACACCAGCUCUUGGACAAGCUGGCCUGGGGGAGUGGACCGACCAUGGACCGUCCCAGGCCGGGGCCACAUGCCAUUAUUCCACCCCCGAGCUUCCCUGCAGGUACCUUACAACCACCUCCCCGGGGGCUCCAGCCCUACAGGCUGUCAUCACCACCACCACCAAAGUGUCCUACCAGGCCUGCCAGCCCCCUGCCCUGAAAUACCGCGACAACGUGCGCGAAGUUAAGAGCCUUUCAGGCUGUGCCUAUGCUCCGGAAAAUGCCCACAUGGCCACCUACCCAGAAGCCUUGGACCUUCCAGCUGCAGUCGCCACAGCAGCCUCUCCAACAGGGUCGCUGCCUUUGAAGAUUCCCGGAGAUCGCCAGGCCGUCAGAUCCCCUCUGUCUUUUCCUCAGGAGGCAGCACCCUCCUGGACAGAUGGAGCAGAGACUUGGGAUAGCUGUCCACCUGCGCUGGGGUCCACAGUUGGUUAUUCAGAUAGAGUUAGUCCAUUCUUUAGCUGAGGACUUUUGAAUACCAGUCCUGGGCACAUUACAUUGGUCCCCAAGCAGGCAG